UCCAAUUGUUCCACGGAGGCGAAGCGGCGGUACUCUCUCUCUCUCUCUCUCUCUCUCUCUCUCUCUGCAUCCUCUGAGAUUCACGAUCAAUCUGAAAACUUUGGGAGCACUCGAAGAUCAUCAUCAUCAUCAUCAUCAUCAUCAUCAUCAUCAUCAGCAUCAGCUGGGGUUCAAUCCGUUCGUUCCCUGACUAAGUCCUGCCGCGGCUAUGGCGGAAACGAGCUUCCUGCCGGACGAAGAUUUCAGGUUGGAGGCCACUCGAUCCAGAUUUUCGAACGUCCUCAAGAAGCACGCGGAAUUGUCCGAGCGUCUCUCCAGGGACUCUGACAAAUCUGUUUUUGAGCGUCUACAGAAAGAAUUUGACACUGCACGUGCUUCCCAAAGUCAAGAGAUUCACUUGGAUGGUGAAGAAUGGAAUGAUGGCCUCUUAGCAACCAUAAGAGAGCGGGUUCACAUGGAGGCAGACAGGAAGUCUAUGGCAGGGGACACAACUAUCUCUUCAGGCACUUAUAUUCAGGAAAAAAUUACUUAUAAAGUUGGAAACAAGGUGAUUUGUUGUUUGGAAGGCGCAAGAAUUGGCAUACAGUAUGAAACCUCCUUUGCAGGAGAGCCAUGUGAACUAUACCACAUCGUUCUUGAGAGUAAAUCAUUUUUGCAAAAGAUGACUGUCCUGGAACAUACAGUUCCGUUCUUUAUACCAAUACGUGAUGCAGAAAAUGAGCUCCUUUCUUCAAACGCAAUGAAAUUUAUAGACCGUGUUGGAGAACUUCUGCAGGCUUAUGUGGACAGACGUGAACAGGUCCGCCUUAUUAAAGAAUUGUAUGGGAACCAAAUUGGAGAGCUGUAUCACAGUCUUCCAUUCAACAUGGUCGAAUUUGUACUUGAUGACUAUGAGUGCAAGGUAACUGUUACUCUGAGGUAUGAAGACCUCAUUUGCGUACUUCCAACUCGUAUAAGAGUCCUGGCAUGGCCAAGGAAGAACUCUACCAGUCCAGUCUCCAUGAACCGAAGGGGAAAUGGAGUUGUAGGAAGUCACCCUAGUCCAGCUCGUCUUUCUUAUGCUGAGGAGGCCUUGCGAAGUAUGAGCUUGCCAGAAGCAUUUGCAGAAAUUGUUUUAAAUUUGCCACAAGCUCUCCAGCAAUUAUAUCAGCAAAGAAGCACCUCCUAGUAAUUUGGACUUGACAAAGCUUCAAAAUGUACAAUGUAACAGCAAUAUCUGAGAGGACGCUGAAUUGAGAUCUAUUAAGAAUGGGAGACGAUGAAAGAGUAAGCUGUGGAUUUAUUGUCACUUGAAGUUAUCAUUUGAUCCUUGUUCUCGACUGUCAUUAUGAAGCUCAAAGGAGGGACUACAUUUUGGCGGCAGUUGUUCUUGGGAGUGCUCUGAUUUGUUUCCUAAAAAUAUCAUGGAUUUUGUAUCAACAGUCUUAGUAGUUUAAAUAGCCCCCAAAGCUCGCUUCAACAUACAUUUUCUGCCUAGAUUGGAGUUUCCCCUCUGGCCAUCCUCUUUGGUUUAAAGUAGGGGCAUUCAAUGCUGUCAAUGUCCUCGAAAAAGAGGCCUGACCCUUUCGCUCAUUUUUACUUGUGUGAUAAGGGCUAUUCUUUUUUCUCUUUUUUUGGGGUCAGAAUGAGGUUUCGCGGUCAGAAUGGGGGAUACUUGAAUUGGUCUAUUAUUGAAAUUGUAAAUCUCUUUGGAUGUUACUCUCU